AUGAAGGAAAAGUACGAUGUGCUUGAUGAAAUCUUGGGCCAAGGCACUUUCGCCAUCGUUAGAACAUGUGUGGAGAAGGAAACAGGUGCAAAAAGAGCUGUGAAGAUUAUUGCAAGGAAUCCGUUUAACUGCAAGGAUGUUGGCGAUGAAUCGGAAGUGCUUCCAGCGCGAAUGGCCCGUGAUGAGGUACAGAUCUUAUCGAAGGUGGAACAUCCCAAUGUGAUCCGACUAUGGGACCUGUAUGAAACCAACGAGGCAUUAUUUAUCGUAAUGGACCGAUACACAGAAGAAUUGUUCGGCUGUAUCGUCCAACGAACAAGUUUUACCGAGGCGGAUGCCCAGCGCGUGAUGCGCCAGCUCCUGUCAGGCGUGGCCUACCUGCAUGAUUGUGAGAUUGUGCACCGUGAUCUCAAGCCAGAGAAUAUUCUCGUUGCUAAUCGCAAUGAUAUAUUCGAAAAGAUGGUCAUCUCUGACUUUGGCCUCGCUCGUAUCAUGCCCCAAGAGAGACUGCUGCUCACAUCGUGUGGGUCGCCUCAAUAUGUCGCCCCCGAAGUGCUGCUCGGCGUGGGUUAUGACAAGUUGGUCGAUAUAUGGUCGUGCGGGGUGAUUGCCUAUGCCCUGCUUGGCGGGUAUACACCGUUCAUGGCACCUGAACUGAGCGACAUAUUUGACAAAAUUGUCCACUUCGAUUACAAGUUCCAUGAACCCUACUGGUGCACGCAAUCUGAAGCAGCCAAAGACUUUAUUCGACGGUGUCUAUGCCAUAAAUCCGAGCGGAUGACAGCCCAUGAAGCCUUGAUGCACCCUUGGUUGGUUCAACCGACGCAGCAGCCAGACCAUCCGUCUCCCGAACUCAACCGCCCUACGCUUCCAGAAGAGCAUUCACAAGCACCUCAGGCCAGCAUUUUGUCUGCUCAGGUUGAUGGACUGGAAGAGCUGCAGCGUAUGCGCAAGCGCCUUCGUGCAGACUCGGAUGCGAGCUUCUCCAUCGUCGACGAAUUUAUUAAGCGGCUUCGGCAUCAGCUAGACGAGUCACCAGCAUCAGUGCCGGGAAUGGGAGAUGUGGAUGCAAAGAGUAAAGCCUCUUUGCUGGAGAAGGAUACAGGGGCGUUGGAAGACAAGAAGAAUGACUCUAGUGCUUCUUCAUACACACGGCACUAUAUCCGCGACUCCUCGUCCGAUGUCACUCAGGAUAGCAGUGCAAACACUAUACAAAUUCUGAACAAGUUACUGGAGCAAUAUCGAACUGGGAAACUGCCCGCCUACUCCCGCGUGGAUCCUGAGGCUGAGUUGCGACCACAAGAAAGCCUCACUGUGACGAAGGCCCUCAAAGCUGUCCCGGCACUGUUUAACCAGGGUUUAUCCAUUGGCAGUGCUAUUGUAUCACAUGUGAUCUAUGGACCUCCCAAAAAGUCAUGGGGCGUGGAAAUGUCGAUUCUCACGCGCACCAUCCGGGAGAUUGCGGAGCGGCACAGUGGUUUAGCUACCAUUCAAGGACUACAGAAGGGACUGGAAUUACUGCGGUUUUUGCCGAUCCCUGAUGACGGUUUGAUUACUCCUGUCACGUUCAAAGUCAAACGACGUAACUUGAAAGGCUUUUUAAAAUCGGAAGACACACAAGAAACCGGUAAGCGGGAGCUGACAGGAGAAUGGAUUGUUGGUAAACACACCUGGCGUCGACUGCAAGCGGAAUGGCAGAGCGGGAAACGAUCGCGAACUGAGCGUGUGAUUUUGUAUGUGCAUGGAGGUGCCUACUACGUUAUGUCUGCGACAACACACCGGCCGAUCACAAUUGCCCUUAGCAAGUAUUGUGAGUGCCGCGUCUUUUGCAUCAACUACCGCUUGGCACCCGACACGGUAUUUCCUGGUGCCCUGUUAGACUCUGUCUACGCCUACUUCCGCCUGACUGAUGACCUACAUAUUCCUGCCAACAAUAUCGUGUUGGCAGCGGACAGUGCUGGGGCUGGUCUGGCGAUCGCUUUGAUGAUGUAUCUGCGAGACAAUGCAUACCCCUUGCCGAGCGGUGCGAUUUUAAUGAGCCCCUGGGUGGAUUUGACACUUUCGUGCGACUCAUGGGAGACCAACAAGGAAUUUGACUACUUACCGCGGCCGGGCACAGGCGACCAUAUGAAUCCGGUGAAUGCUUAUCUAGGGCCUAACAUGAGCAAGUAUCUCAUGCAUCCUUAUGUGAGCCCACUAUUCGGCGACAUGCAUGGCCUCCCACCAAUGCUCAUACAAACGGGCGAUGCAGAGGUGCUGCGUGACGAGAAUGUGCUUUUCGCCCACAAGUGCGCCCUGGUAGGUGUGCCUGUGCGCCAUGAGAUUUACGAAGACUGUGUGCACGUCUUCCAAUUCUUUCUUUUCUUGGAGGCUAGCCGGAAAGCAUUUCAGAGCAUGCGGCACUUUAUCCGCACAGCGCUGGAUAAGAGACCAAAGCGCCGGGCGACCCUGGUCUCGGAGAACACUCGCGAACAACUCGACAGUGAAAUGUCGGGUGCCAACCAAGAGCAACAGGCCCAGCCCGCUACACCGGGGUCGCCAUCGUCACUCCAGUUCCGUGCUGAAGACCUGGAUAACCUAGACAGCCCCCAUCAGGUCUUGUCAGGGGUGCAUCCAGAAACUGAAGAAGAUACGGAAACGUGGGAUUUGGACGGAGAUGACGCAAGGGAACAGGACGAGCAAAACAAGGCUACCCUGACCCAGGAGCCGGAGUCCAUCACCGAAUAG